AUGCCGCCGCCCGCCGACGCGGCCCCCGAGCUGAUCCUCGAGCCGAUCCAGAUCGAGCACGUGCCGGCGACGCACACGGUGCACGUCGCCGUGUUCCGGGACGUGACCAACGCCGCGUUCCUGCACGAGCAGCUGCUGGGCCGCAACGCCGCGUUCGAGUACGCGCUGAUCGACGCCAGCUCGGUCGUCUCGCGCCUGCACGUCCUCGCCGCCGCGUACAAGGCCGUGUCCGCGCUGCUCGCCGGCGCCCUGCGCACGCCCAACGUGCACUCCGAGAUCGUCUGCGCGCUGAGCCCCAACAACAACAUCUCCGAGGCCUACCGCCGCUUCGGCGUCACCCCGGCCACCCGCCACCUCGUCGUGGUCAAGGUGCUCGUCGCCCCGUCCGCGCUGACCCCCGACGCCGUGCGCGCCCACCUGCGCGCCCACGUCGCCGGCGUCCCCGUGCCCUUCGCCGACGCCGCGCUGCGCGGAAGCGGCGGUGCGCCCGGCCUCGCCGACUGGCCCAAGGUCCGCCGCUACUACAAGCUCAACGGCAUCCGCUGGCUCGACGACCUCGCCGACGCCGACGCCCGCGCCGCCGAGACCGAGGCGCUGGUGCUCGGCGCCAUGGCGCUGCGGGGGCUGUGA